UCAACCAGAAGCUUCCACGUGGCGACGUCAUACACCCAAAACUCCAAUCAACUAAAAUGGAUAAAAUUCGUUGGGGUCCGCUCAGCACCAUUUUCACUUGCCAUUUUCUUCUUCUUCUUCUUCUUACCUCCUCAGGGUUUUGUUGUUUGAUUGUUUGUUUCGAUCAGAAUUUUCCGUUGCCGAUACGAGCAAUUUAGUUCUCCGCUGCAGGUUUUGAGAAGCUGGCAAAGAUCGUUUGAGCUGUAACCAGUUAUCAGUCCAAUUAGCAAGUUUAUUUGUAAUUUAGUGAUAUGGCUUCUGGCAGUAUAAUACCUUCAGCAGGUGGCAAUCCAAUAACUGAUGCCAUCCGUAUUGAAAACCUCCCUAAAGAAAUAAGUGGAAUGAAGAUCAAAAAUGACAAAGGAGAAAAGGAAAUGGAAGCAGCUGUUGUGGAUGGAAAUGGAACUGAAACAGGUCACAUCAUUGUGACGACUAUUGGGGGAAAAAAUGGUCAGCCAAAGCAGACCAUAAGUUACAUGGCAGAGCGAGUUGUUGGACAGGGUUCCUUUGGAAUUGUAUUCCAGGCCAAAUGCCUUGAAACAGGAGAAACUGUGGCAAUAAAAAAGGUCCUGCAGGACAAGAGAUACAAGAAUCGAGAAUUGCAGACUAUGCGACUUCUUGAUCAUCCUAGCAUUGUUUCACUGAAUCACUGCUUCUUUUCAACCACAGAAAAGGAUGAGCUCUAUUUAAAUUUGGUUCUAGAAUUUGUACCUGAAACUGUCUACCGUGUUUUAAGACAUUACAGCAAAGCAAACCAACGAAUGCCUAUGACAUAUGUCAAACUGUACUCAUAUCAGAUGUUUAGAGCUUUGGCUUACAUUCAUGGGAUUGGAGUCUGCCACAGGGACAUCAAACCUCAGAAUUUACUGGUCAAUCCCCACACACAUCAGCUUAAGCUUUGUGAUUUUGGGAGUGCAAAAGUCCUGGUCAAAGGCGAGCCAAAUAUUUCAUAUAUCUGUUCACGCUAUUAUCGUGCUCCUGAACUAAUAUUUGGAGCAACCGAGUACACCAAUGCAAUUGACAUAUGGUCUGUGGGCUGUGUCCUAGCUGAGCUGCUCCUUGGCCAGCCCCUCUUUCCUGGUGAGAGUGGUGUAGAUCAGCUCGUCGAAAUAAUCAAGGUUCUUGGAACACCAACGCGUGAAGAAAUCAAAUGUAUGAAUCCAAAUUACUCCGAGUUCAAGUUCCCGCAAAUCAAAGCUCAUCCCUGGCACAAGAUUUUUCACAAGCGGAUACCUCCUGAAGUUGUGGAUCUUGUGUCAAGGCUUCUCCAGUAUUCUCCAAAUCUGAGGUGCAGCGCGUUGGAAGCUCUUGCUCACACUUUCUUUGAUGAACUCCGUGACCCCAAUGCUCGUCUUCCUAAUGGUCGUCCAUUGCCACCACUGUUCAACUUCAGGCCUCAAGAGCUGAAAGGAGCGUCUUCAGAACUCUUAAACAAACUGUUACCAGAACAUGCUAAAAAACAGUGUCCAUUCCUUGGGCUCUAGUCUGUAAGAUUUUGAGAUCCUAUUUGUUAUCACUCUAUUUAUUCUGUAAUAUAUUGACCAGAGAAUUAGGUAAACCUUUUGACAUCUCCAUUAAUCCAGUAUAUACCACUUCUAGCAUUAUGUAAUCUGCUAUUUUUGCCCCUGUACUUCAUUUCUAAAUAUAGUAAUGUAUCGUGAAAUUUACCCUUA